AUGCUCACAUAUGAAUUUCGCGCUUUGUACACUAAAGUGAAGAGGGUGACAGUGAUGGAGACGAUUGCAGAGGGAAAGGAGGUUCAGGAGAAGAUGACGAAGAUGAAGGAAGGAGUUGUCAUGGUGAAGGACAAAACAGUGAAGAGCAUGGAAGUUGUCGUGGUGAAGGACGGCAAUCACAUAGUGAAUCAGGUCUGGAAUGAAUGCUUCAAGAGAAUGACGUCUGCACCAGUUUUAAAGAAGAGUGUUGUAUUGAGAAAUGACUACGCGAUUUGCUUGAAGGUUUAA